ACCUAAGGUACUUAUCCUAUGUUUUAAAUAUCGUCCACGGUACUCAUUCUUUUAUUUCAGGAUCAACCAUGGUACUUCAACUUUUAAUGAACUAUCACUUAAAGUACUUAAUCUUGAUAAUUAAAACAAUAAAGGUUCGUUGGUAAUUAAAAAAGGGACAUCUGUCACACCUGACAACGAAAAGCAAAUCUGAACCCUGCAUAAAUGAAGGUGCAACACAUUAUUCAACUGAACACUCAACCCCUUUCUGAAAACCCUCGUCUCAUUUUUUUUCUUACCAGCCUUCCCAUAGAUCUCCACUCCCAAGACACAACGACAAUGGAAGGACAAGCUAAACAAGUUGUGUGCGACUGUGGAAUUCCAUGCCGUAUGCAGAUUUCCUCCACCGAACGAAAUCCAGGACGGAGAUUUUACGGCUGUUCGAAGAGAAAUAAUCAAUGCGAUUUUUUUGCGUGGGUGGAUAACGACAUGGCCUAUCAGAUGACGAUGGUCAGGAAUUUGAAAAGUGAGGUUAAUGGCAUGACUGAAGAACGCAACAAAGCUCUACUGGAACUAGUUCAUGCCCAUACUCAGGUGGCGGCUAAAACUGACGAACUGGAGCAACUUAAUGAGGCCUUCGAGGGAUUGAAGGAGUCCAUUGAGAUGUACCACGAAGAAAAUGUGCUUAUGAUCCAGGAUAGUGGUCUGCAACUUAUGGAGAUAAACACUCUGAAGAAACACGUCAAGCUGAUGGAAGUCAAGUGCUCAGACAUGGAGAGGAAAAACAAGAUCAUGAGGCUUGGUUUUUUUGUGGCAUUUACAAUUGCCGGUUGCAGUUUAUCCGUUGCUUGUUUGAAGAAAAAAUGAUGCAUUUUCUAUUAAGUGACAAUGGCUUGUGUUUGUGCAGUGUUGUUAGUAAACUGCGUUCCAAUAAUUUUUUGUAUUAUCUUAAACUCAUUUAAUUUGCUUGUUGGGAAAACUUUGUGUGAUUCAAAAAUUUAAAUUACAGUACUGUCGUUGAUUACAUAAUUUAAGUGCAGGUGCUGUCUUUCAUAAUUAAAUAUAAGUUCAGGUGCUGUCUUUCAUAAUUGGUCGAAAUGUCAAGGGCUAUAUUAGACUUCACAGAGAAAUAAACCGCCAAAAAAAUUAAAACUUAAUGGCAAAGAUUAGCAAUGGGUUUUCCAAGAAACCCUUUCAUUACACCCGUUCCAUCAGUUGUAUUGUUCCAAUGCAGCCUCUUCGUUAACCACAACCACUAACACAAAGGGCAUGUAAAGAAAUUGAAGAGUCAUGAUGGUAACUUAUUUAAAUAGGCAACCACAGCAACUGAUUCAACCAUUUCAGAUUACACAAAUUGUUCUUAUUCUCAGAAAAACCAGAAGAUGUCCGAUAAUAUUGUUGUGUCUUCACUUAAUAUGGAACUCAUGGAUUGCCCAAUAUGCUGUGAACCCUUAACAACUCCAAUUAUUCAGUGUGAAAAUGGGCAUGCAACAUGCAACUCAUGCUCGGAGAAGACUCAGAAGUGCCAUUCUUGCACCCUGCCUAUCAGAAGAAUGAGGAACCGGAUUCUUGAAGAUGUUGCUGACUCUUUGAGAGUUUGUUGCUCGUUCAAGAAUUAUGGAUGCCCAGCAACUGUGAGGUACCCCGAAAAGAGCAACCACGAAAAGUUCUGUUCUUUCAUAGAGUGCUCAUGCCCCAUUGAAGUUUGCAAUGUUAAGGGAACCUCUGAAAUGAUUUAUGCUCACUGUAAAGUGAUGCAUAAAGAUUUUGUGAA